CGGUUGCUCCGGAAGUGGAGGGAGGGGAUGAAAAUGGCGCCCAGCUCGAAAUCGGAGCGGAACAGCGGGGCCGGGAGUGGCGGUGGCGGCACCGGGGGUGCCGGGGGAAAGCGGGCAGCGGGGCGGCGGCGGGAGCAUGUUCUCAAGCAGUUGGAGCGGGUCAAGAUCAGUGGGCAGCUCUCCCCUCGACUCUUCCGGAAGCUGCCACCCAGGGUCUGCGUCUCCCUUAAGAGCAUCGUGGAUGAGGACUUCCUCUAUGCAGGACAUAUCUUCCUGGGCUUUUCCAAGUGCGGCCGGUACGUUCUGUCCUACACCAGCAGCAGUGGGGACGACGACUUCUCCUUCUACAUCUACCACUUGUACUGGUGGGAAUUCAACGUGCACAGCAAGCUCAAGAUGAUCCGGCAGGUGCGGCUCUUCCAGGAUGAGGAGAUCUACAGUGACCUGUACCUGACCGUGUGUGAAUGGCCCAGCGAUGCCUCCAAGGUCAUCGUCUUUGGCUUCAAUACCCGCUCAGCCAAUGGGAUGCUCAUGAACAUGAUGAUGAUGAGUGACGAGAACCACCGUGACAUCUACAUCAGCACAGUGGCUGUGCCACCUCCAGGCCGCUGUUCCGCCUGCCAGGAAGCCAGCCGGGCCCAUCCAGGUGACCCAAGUGCACAGUGCCUGCGACACGGUUUCAUGCUGCAUACCAAGUACCAGGUGGUGUACCCCUUCCCCACCUUCCAGCCUGCCUUCCAGCUCAAGAAGGACCAGGUGGUACUGCUCAACACCAGCUACUCCCUCGUGGCUUGUGCUGUCUCAGUCCACUCGGCAGGUGAUAGCAGCUUCUGCCAAAUCCUGUAUGACCAUACCACCUACCCCCCAGCCCCUCCCACCCCCCCUGGGCCCCAGAGCCCAGAGUUGCCCCCAGUCCUCCAUAGCUUCUGCCCCGAGGCAGCCCCAACCCGUCCCUCUGAGGUCCCUGAGCCCUCACCUGCCAUUGCCAAAGCCAAGGAGUUUGUGGCCGACAUCUUCCGCAGGGCCAAAGAGGCCAAGGGUGGGACCUCAGAGGAAGCUCGGCCACCCUCCUGCAUGGGGCCCUUGGGCAGCUGCUGCCGCCCAACCUCUGAGCCUCUAGUCCCAGGUGGGGAGGUGGCACCCCGGGACAGCCCCCCUGCAGCAGAGGAGCCAGCCCCUGAGCCUGGCUAUGUCAACUACACCAAGCUGUAUUACGUGCUGGGGUCCGGCGAAGGGACAGAGCCAGAGGAUGAGUUCGAGGAUGACAAGAUCUCCCUGCCCUUUGUGGUGACUGAUCUACGUGGCCGCAGUCUGAGGCCCAUGCGGGAGCGGGCUUCUGUCCAGGGUCAGUACCUGACAGUGGAGCAGCUCACGCUGGACUUCGAGUAUGUCAUCAAUGAAGUUAUCCGCCAUGAUGCCACCUGGGGCCACCAGUUCUGUUCCUUCAGCGACUAUGACAUUGUCAUCCUGGAGGUCUGCCCCGAAACCAACCAGGUCCUGAUUAACAUCGGGCUGCUGCUCCUGGCCUUCCCAUCACCAACUGAGGAAGGGCAGCUCCGACCAAAGACCUAUCACACUAGCCUCAAGGUGGCGUGGGACCUCAACACGGGCAUCUUCGUGACAGUCAGUGUGGGUGAUCUCACUGAGGUCAAAGGGCAGACCAGUGGCAGUGUCUGGAGCUCGUACCGCAAGAGCUGUGUGGACAUGGUCAUGAAGUGGCUGGUGCCGGAGAGCAGUGGCCGCUACGUCAACAGGAUGACUAACGAGGCACUGCACAAAGGGUGCUCACUGAAGGUUCUGGCGGACAGUGAGCGAUACACAUGGAUUGUGCUGUGAGGGUCUGGCCGGCCUGGACACUGACUCCAACUACCUCCGCGGCCUGGGAGCUGGCCGCCUUCUGGCAGUCUCUUCUUGGCUGGCCAGCAGGCCGCACAACGACCGCCACUAGUGUUAGGCUGUGGGAAGGGGGCUGGGCGGGGCAGCCCCUGGUGGCCUGAGAGUCUGGAUGCUUUUUAUUUAUGCCUAUUUAAGUUGGGAAGGGGCAGAGGGAGGGAGUCCUCUGUCUAACCAGCCUUGAGUGCCUGCCUUCAUCCUGGGCUGGGCAUGGGCCUUUGCUCCUUGUGUAUUUUCCCCUUCCCAGGCUACAGGUGUGGACAUUGCCCCCUUGGGAGGCUGAAUAGACCGAUACCUGCCCCCAGCCUCCCCUACCUGAGGUGGCAAACAUCGUGGUCAUCCCCCCCUAUUAUUUCUCUUCAUGUAAUAAAUGUUUUAUUUCUGAACCUCA